AUGGAUGUUGCCACUGAGAAUCGAACCAGGCCAAGUAUGGCGAAAGUGAGAGUCGAGGUGAACCUUACUAAGACUCAAAUCAACUUUAUCUUCAUUGGUACUGAAAAUGAGAACUGCCCUCAUAAAGGGUUCUAUCAAAAGCUGGAAUACGAGAAUGCCCCCAAAUUCUGUACUCAUUGUAGGAUGUUGGGUCACUCAACAAUCCAAUGUAGAAGAGUUGGAAAGAAAAAGGAAGGGAAUCAGAUGGUUGCUGCGGAAGUUCAGACCAGGCAGAAUCAGGACGAAAAAGGAGAAACACACUUACAAAAAUUGAACACAGAACAGAUUCAGCAGAGCAAUGAUGUACAAGACAACAUCACAGGUGAAAAUGCACCAAAUACGUCAACUGUGGCUGGAACCAGAACUGAUCAGGAAGAUGAUGGCUUUAUCGAAGUCACUAGGAAGAGGAAUAAGAAGAUUUUAAAGACGAACAAGAUUCAGGAUGGAAAAGAUCACACAAGAGCGACCGGGAAAAUGGUUAUUCAGACCAAAAAUGACAAGAGUAGCAAUGAUACAAAAGAGGACCAUGAAAAUGCCAAGCAAAUAAAAACUACUGAACAAACGAGGCACUAG